AGCCAUUUUGGCUCAAGCCGUUCUCUAGCGCAGGCCAUCUUGGCUUCACGCCGUGACCCUGCGGGCGCCCAUCUUCGCGCCAGUGCGCCACAGGGCACCCAUGGGAGAUGCUCAGGCACACAGCGCCCGGCAUGAGCGCCAGAAGCUGCUCAGGCAGAAGUCCGUGGGCGGCGACAGGGAGGUCAGGUGGCUCGAUGAAGCUAGCAAGUCGCCUGCCGCCCAGCGCAUAGACAUGCUGCUGGCAACGGUCACGUCUGAGAAGGAGUGCGAGCAGUUGAAGAGAGAGGCUUUCAAGAUGGUCUACGAUUCCUUAGGCCAGGAGUUGGAGGGCAAGGACCUCGAGCGCGUUGUGGUGGUAAGGAACGAGACAGCUGGGUUUAAGUCCACGAUCUUCUUCGCCAUCAUCACGCUUGGUCUGUACCUAGUUUUUGGAGGGCACGAUGAUGACAUCAUACUGGUUCUCACGAGGCAGGGCAACGUCCUCCAGUUGAAGAUUGACCGACCCCUUUGCUGUCCAGGGACUUCUGGUGAGGUCUUUGCUAGCUUCGUCAAAUACAUGGGCAUGUUGUUCGUAAUUGUUGGGUUGCCCAACAUCUUGUUCAUGCUGGCCAUGAACAUAACAUGGCAGGAGGAAAUUGCGAUGCUGAGAGCGGAGACAAACGACUUCAAAGACAUCCCUGCGCUCAUAGAGAAAAAGCUCCCAUUUGUCAUUUGCUCGUUGGUUCUCUUAUCAAUGUGGUUGUACAGCCUGCUGCCACACGGUUACAUGGACGAACAUCGCCGACGGCACAUGGCCCGAGAGUGCACCACCGCACAAAUGUGCCAGUGGGGCCACAUGUUUCGACGGCGCAGCAGUCUUCAUCUGCAUUUCGGCAAGUAUCCGAGCCAGCAUGUUCUGGAUCUGCAGGGCAGCUUGGGUAUCGGCCACGCUGUGGGCACAGUCCCACCCGCAUCGCUCUCAUCAGUCUCUGCUGGCAUGACCUCUUCCACGCUGAUUGUCAGUCUGACAGUGUUCUUGACUUGCGUCACGGGAAUCGAGACCGCGUUUUCGUGGACGGACCGCGCCAUUGCUAUGGAAGACUUCGCUGUGAUGCAGACUUACUGCAUCGAGGGCUCGGGCCCUACAAAAGAGAAGUGCAACAGGGACCACUGCGAAUCGUACCUCGUGCAUGGCCACGACACAGUCAACCCUCACUUCUGCAACCUUGUGCAAGUAACUGACUCUGAAACCACAUGUAAACAGUACAACAAGUCGCCGCCUUGUUGUGGCGGUUGUGCCAAAGGUGCUUUCGAGGGCAUAUACGACGAGGGCACUUUAGGGAAUAUCAAGACCAUCAUCAGUUUGUGUUCGGACACUGGUACCAUUCUCUUUGCUCUUCUGGCCGCUAAGCACGCAAUCAGUAUAUCACGAGCCACAGACCAAAUUUCAGUUACGAUCAGUCGACGGACAAAGCGGUCUUACAAAACUAUGACUGCCAACACUGCUCUCACAGCGGUUAUGGCAAAUGAUUUUGCUCAGACCAUCAUGAACCAGGCUUCAAAAGAUCGCGGCAUUGGCCAUAGUUUCGAGGCAAAGGAGGGUGAUGGAAACAGUUGGACUGGCGUCAGGAAUUUCGUGAUGACCGACGAGUUCGACACUUGGAAGGACUUUUUCAAUAAGGACCUCACUGCUGUGCCAGACACCCGUUGGACUUUAAGGCUUGAGGUGCCGAGGAAAUUGUUGGGCAUCGAGCAGGACGAGGAAGUGAUAGCGGGCUGGAUUGAGAUGCCACUGCUACCUCCAAGCAUCAGCCUCAUGGAUAUUAUGAUGGGCAAGAUCUGGUACUUGAUGCUUCCAUUUGGAAAGACCCGCCAUGCAGUAGUUGUCACCGAUCGCCGCUUGUUCUACGUGCGCCAUCGGAGGCCCUUCUUGCCAAUUAAGUGCCUUGGAACUGAUCUGCGCGUCGAUGUCUUCAGGCACGACCACGACGUCUGCUACGGCAAAAUGGUCCGGCACAAACUCAACACGCCGCAGCGAUUCAUACACCAGGUCCUCCUGCAGGAGAAAUUUCUUCCUGGCACAGCCGUAAUGCAGACCAGAUUCGGAGCCCUACAGCUCUCACGCAACCACGGGGACAUCGUCGGUGUGUAUAAUGUGGUUAUGAGCUUGUCCAGGCACGCUCCAGAGUUUAUUACAGAGCAGCACUUGGCCGAGAACGGCGUGGUCCCAGCGGCUUGCCAAGCAAUCGUUGACCAUGCCUUUGUUAGGACCAGCGAUAAAGAAGGAAACCUCUUCACCAUCCGUCCGCAGUCAGAUGACACAGUUCAGCCGCAGCCAACGCUGCACUUGGCAAGCGGAAGCAAGGAAAAGAUGCUAUUCCACCUCUCUGUGAAGAAUACAACCGACAUAUAUUCCAAGUGUUAUUCCAACCUGGACAUAGCCAUCACAUCGGCCCGUGUGUUCUUCUGGAAGAGAGAUUGCUACAAAAAGUUUGAUUGCUGCGCUUUACCCUGCUGGUGUUUUGUAUGGCUCGGCUUCAUGAACAGAAUCAACAAUCCGAUCAAUUUGCACAACGAGAUGUCCUUCAUGACUUUGCCCUCGAUCCUGAGCUUCUCGACCGACGCCAGCGUGGUAAGCCCCUCGUGGCUCGUGCCGCAUCACAUGCCCCUCAAGUGGCCCUGCGUUGAGAUGCUGUGCGCGCACCUCACGCGCCUGGCGGUGCGCGGCGACUACGAUGUCAAGAGCCGCUCGCAGUGGGUGAUCUGUCCCAGGAGAACCGGCCCAAGCUCUCACCUUCUCCUUCUGUGGAGGCUCAAGGCGAGCGCUUAUGCGGAGACCGAGAUGUACGUUGCGCACGAGGUGAAACCAUUCAUCUUCAGCGGCAUGCCCGACGCGGAUGCACAGGACAUCUUCGACGGUAUCGGCUACAUCGCCGAGGACGGGGCAGCGGUUGAGGAGUUGAUCUCUGCGCAGGCCGAGGAUCUGGAGACCCUGCGCAAGAUCAUGUGCACGGUUCAGGAUUCUUGCCACCGGCUGCUCGACGAGGUGGACGUCCUCGGAGGCGGAAUCGCCUGAGGCCUGCAGGGGCGGCGGCGCCCACGAGCACUGGCCACCCGUCACCCUCUACGUCAGAUCGAAGUUCGGGGUUCGAAGAUCGAGAAUCACUAGGCACCCUACAGUUUUUUAUCCAGAAUCGCCACGCCAGAUCUUCUGGUUAGCAUGGAUUCCCCUCUUCCUCCUUCCCCUUCUCUUCCUCCUCCGCCUCCUCCCCUCCUCCCCCCUUUUUCUUUCUCUCUCUCUCUCUCUAUCUCUCCUUCCUACCUUCCUUCGCUCUCCUCUCUGCGCAAAGUAGUUCGGAAGAGCAGCACCCCAGCAUGCAGCGGGCCUGUAGUACCAGGGCCGCGCGGCUGUGCUCACGGGCACGCUGCCGCGUGCCUCUGUUCACCGUGGUGGUACCGCAGCCGUGCGGCUGCGACGGCACCCGCCCGCCAAUCUUCCGUUCUGGGUCGCGUGGUCCCGUGUGUGUUGUUGCCGGGGGUUGCUCCCUGGCCGGGUGGCGAUUGCGAAGCCACCGGGCGGCCUUCGGUUGUCCCGAAAGCGGGCCUGAGGCGGUCCACAAGAAGACCGUUUCCGGCGACCCCGAGUGCGUCUCUCGGCGGCCUCAGGGCGGCCGUAGGGCGGCAUUGGGCUGCCAGAAAAUCAGUUUCGGUACCUCGAUGUCGAUGCCAGACGAUCGAAGCACAUAUGGCCACGGUGCGGACAACGGUGCCCCGCAGAGUUCGGGCGGACAGGAUGUUUUCCGGCCUCGCCGCUUGAUCCACACGUCCGACUCCCGGGUGGCAUCAGGCCCCCGGGGCAGCGACAUAUCCGGUCCUCGCCGCUCGAGCGGUAGAAAGUAAAAAGUAAACUUGCAGCCGCCCAGGGGGCAGGCGUCCACGACGGCGGAGAAGGUUGUCUUAUGCCGUUCUUCGCCCGCUGAUUCUGGGCUCCACUGGUCGGACAAG